UAAGAAGUGGUGUUUCUUGCUAUGAAUUGUGAAUUGCUAGGAGCCUAUUGUGUUACAUGAAGAAGCAUGUUCCGUCAUCUCAGGUUCCACUGAUCGCUCAUCAUUCAUGCUCAGGAACAACACAUUCACUUGUGAACACCCCACAUGUGCAUGCUGGAAAGGGUCCUUGAGGAAGACUUUGACUAACAGUAUACUGGCACUUAAGAUGACUUCUUAGCAACUUCAUGGACUAUUGUGUUCUACAAAAUGGAAGAUACAAUAAAGUUGCCCCUAGACAAAUGGACUGAGGAUCAAGUGAGCUCCUGGCUACAUGGCAUAGGAGUAAAAGAGAAGUAUGUUAGCAAGCUCUGUGAUGAGGAAGUGGAUGGACCAGUCCUCCGUGACAUAACUGAAGACUAUCUCAUAAACAAAAUAGGAAUGAAAUCUGGGCAAGUUUUUUUGAUCCUCAGUAACAGAGACCAGCUCAUACAAUCAAUUAAGAAAACACAAAUGGUUAAAGUAAAACCGCAACAACCAACAACAAAAGAAAUCUCAGAGGGUCUGAAGGAUGCAGAAGAGCCACAAAUUGGAAAAGAGACAAAAAGCCCAUUUAUGGUUGGCAAAAAGAUCUUAGGUAAUCACAAAGAUGUAGAAACACCAAUACAGCAACAUCCUAUCAUUGCUAAUAAAACCUCAGCAAACCAGAAAGCUGCAAAACCACAACCUGUCCAAACUCAAACUCCUCCUGAGGAGGAGACACAAGGCCCAUCUGUGGUUAGCAAAAAGAUCUUGGAUAGUCAGAAGGAUGCAAGCAAAACAAUGCGGAAACGUCCCACUGUUGUUAAUGAAACCUUUGACAGUCCGGAUAUUGCAGAACACAAAACAAAUCCUGUAAAGGACACAGCGGUCAUGCCAUUUACAAAGAGGGACUGUAAACGAAGACCAUUUGGGAAAGAGGGCAUUCAUUUCACAUAUAUCAUGUCGAAUGUCCUUCAGCCUGAAACUGGCAUUUCUGAUCUUAUUUCUCCCUGUCAUGAGUACAAGUCAUUUGCCAUUGCUGCCAAAUUAAACCACACUAAAUUACAGGCAAAGUUUGCUAGAGAAGUUCUCAAAUUUGGUACUGGUUGCAUGAACAUCAGAUCUAAUGGCACAAUCCAUUUUGGAGUUAUGGAUAGUAGGGAGGACACAGGCUACAUUCAUGGUGAAAUUAUUGGCAUACCAGUUCUAGACAAAGACAUUUAUGUUGACGCUCUAGAUCACAUAGAGAGAUGUUACUCUCGUUCUGAUGCUGAAGAUGUAAGACGAUGCAUACGUCCGCCAGAGUUCAUUGAGGUCACUGACAUAAAUACAGAUGAGAAGAGGUAUGUUGUGGAAGUUGACAUUGUACCCCAACUAAGCAUUGUGAGGAACAGAGUUUAUACUGUUCGCCUGCCAAACUUUAAUGAGAAGUCCAACAAAGUCAUACAUGAGAAGGUCGCUAUCUUUUGUAGGGUGGGUGCUACAACCAAGCCAGUGGAUGACCAAAAUUACUUUUACCAGCGGGUCUCUACUCGGGAUGCACAAAGAGAAGCUGCAGAGAACCGUGAGUGUGUCACCAUGCCAGAAGCCUGCCCGGACCUGGGGAGGAAACUGACAAUGCUUGUUACAGGUGGGAAGACAUAUCUUGAGAAGGGCAAAUGGUUCAUCCUGGUUACAAACAAAUUCUGCAGUGAACACUUGAGCAGCAUUGACUUUUUACUGAAUAUGAGGAUCUUCUGUGUCUUUGAUUUUGAUCCUGACUCCAAUUUGUCUGGACUCUGUCAGGAAUACCUGAAACAUCAUGCUGCAAACUUGCAUUUCAUGCACGACUACAUAAUAUCAAGUAGCUUGACCUCUGAGGAAUUUCAAAAGAAAAUGCAUUUGUUUGAACAAACCAGCUGGAUCUUCUGCAAUGGUCGCAAUGAUUUCAAAGGAAAGGAGCAGUGUGAUGACAUGACAUGGUUCAAAACUAAAAAGACUCAACUCAAGGAAUGUGCAUCACUGAUCUGCAAACAGAUCCUGCCCAAAGGUACCUUCACAUUGAUCUUCCUUCUUACUUCUCCAGUCGAAAAACCUCUCCUGCACACCUACAGUGAAUUCUUCUCUGACAUGGGUGGUCACGAAGACAUCAUCUGCAUAUCAGAAUCUGAGGAUAACUUUGAGAAGUGGCAGAGUUUUGCGCAGAGUUUUUGCAACGAAAGCAUGGUGAACCAUUCAAGUGUUGUCGGGAUGAAAAUAAGCCAUGUUAAUGCAACACUUCAGCGCAUCCAGUCUGUUGCUUCUCGAACCACAAAGCAUCUACCCACUUAUGCGAAAGGGGAGUGUCUUCUUGAGAGUCGAGAGGAGGAGAGGAUGUAUUCACUAGAGAUUCUUUACAUGGACCACUGUGAUGAAACCAGAGAAGAUGUCAUCGAAGCUGAAAAAGAAAACAUUGAACAACACUUCUACCAUGGUGGAAAAGUGAACUGGAUGAAUUUCUGGCUGGCAGAGAAGAGGCAUGUUGGGGAGGUCAUUCAAAGGGAUGCUUACCAGGUGAUCUCAAAUCUCCUCAGUGACUGCCUUAAAAACAGUGCAGACCAGUUGCAUAUUCACAGCUUCAACAUAUUUCAUCACCCAGGCAGCGGGGGCAGCACUGUUGCCCGACAAGUCUUGUGGAACAACCGGAAAAAGCUCAGAUGUGCAGUUGUUAAACCAUCAUAUUCUGCUGUCAUAGUGUCUGAACAUGCAUAUCGGCUUCGGACAUAUGAGGAAACUGGUAUCCAAAAAUGUGUGCCAGUCCUUCUGCUUGUAGAAGACUGUGAUGAUGAUUUUUUGGGUGACUUAAAGAAUGAGUUGGAGAAUGCUAUUACCAGACAGAAAAUUACACAAGGAACACUGUGCUUCAUUGUCCUGAGCUGUAGACGAUCCUACAAUCCAGAGAAAAAGUGCAAGGAGUCCCCAUUUUAUAAUGUGCAGGUGACCCACAAGCUAUCAAAGGAAGAAAAGAAGCAGUUUUCUGGUAAAAGGAAAAUGCUUGAAAAACAAUACAACCCAGAGUUUAUCUUAACAUUUGUUCUCAUGAGUGAAGGAUUUGAUCAUCAGAAGAUUUCUAAGUAUGUGCAAAAGUUUGUGGAACAUUUGCUUCAGGACAUUGACCAUGACCAUGUCGUCACUCGUCUCAUCCAUUAUGUGGCACUGCUGAACACCUAUGUGCAGAACUCUUUCCUCUCCCAGUCCCAUUGUGAAGCUCGACUUACUCUCUCUCUACACCUUGAAAAGUUCCAGUUACUCCAGGGUGAUGUCAAGGAAGAGUUUCGCCAGCAUGCUUUUGAGGAGGCACUAACUGAGCCUGGCAGACUGGUUUUUAUACACCUGAGAGAUGAAAGAACAUACAUUAAAUCCAUCAGAAUCAUUCACCCCUUAGUUGCAAAAGAAAUACUGAAGCAGCUCUUAUGUCAGGAGAAGCAGGAGAGUGAAUUGGCUCUGGAGCUUCUCAAUGAUGAUGUCUUGUAUGAGCACAGGUUUGGGAGGGAAGACUAUGUCAAGUGUCUGCGAGCCUUGUUCAUGAGGCGUGAUAGGAUCAGCAAAGGAGACGAGGAGGACAGUUUCUUCUCCCCCCUUAUUGAGCAUGUGAGAGAUACAGAAAGUCCAGAGACGGCAGUUAAUCUCCUCAAAGAGGCUUACAAGCGUUUUGACAAGGAUCCUCUAUUUGCUCAACAUCUGGCUCGACUGAAUUACAGCCAGGAGAAAUUUGAAGAUGCAGAAUGUUGGGCUGAACUGGCUGGCAAGAAAUUGCCAAACAACCCAUUUAUUCUUAACACCAAAGGCCAAGUGUACAGGAAAUGGUUCUACAAAAAGGUGUCAGGACUAAAGAAAGAGAAUAAAACAGCAGAAAGAAUAGCAGAUGCGGUCAGAACUGCUAUCAAAGCCAUGGAUAGCUUUCAGGAGUGUCAGAGGGCAGCCAUUGCAGAUGCUGAAUCUAUGAGCAAUGCAGGAUUUUUUGCAGCAGCUGAAGUAGGAUGUCGCUUAUUGCAGCUAUUUUCCACUUCAUCUGUGUUCACUAACAAAACAGAAUGUGUGAAAUAUUUGCUCACUGACCACAUUCCUGACAAAGUGAAGAAGCCAUGGGAGGAUUUUCACAGCAAACUUAAAGACCUUUAUAAAAUCAUUCAGACAUCUCUGGAGUGGAUAUCAGAGGACCUAAGCUAUUUUCAGACAGACCCAAGUGCAGACGAGGAAGAGACUGAGGAUCAAAUAAAGCAUCCUAAGAAGUGGUUGGUGAGAAAGUCAGUAGAGUUUGGGGAAUAUUUCAGUGUGCACAAUGCUUAUUCUGAGUCUGGAUCAGACAUUCCAACUCCUGCCAUGACACGCAUGAAAAUAUACCAACUUGGUGGAGGAAACAUGACCAACAUCUUCUCCAUUUUGACUGAUUCCAAAAGAAAAGAUAAGGUCAAAGUUCUGGAGGACCUCAUAUAUUUGUACAAACUACUGAGGGAAAAGAUGGAUCAAAUGGAUCUUGUCAACUACAUAGCAUCUAACAUAACUCUUAGUUGUCUCUCAACUCAGUCUAAAGCAUUGGCCUCUCUUAAAGAGCUUCAAGAUCUCAGCCAGAAGUUUCCCAAGGACAAACGGAAUUGUCAACCAAAUGCUCUCUUCUUACUCACACUCCUGUUCUGGCCUGAAGAUCACGACAGUGAAGAAGACAAGGAGAAAAAAUAUGAAUUUGUGCUGUCUGCCGUCAAAAUUCUUACAACCUGCUACUUUGACAAACAGAAGGACAUUCCUGCAAGAAAAAGAAGAAUUUACACACAUUUUUUCUUGGGCAAUGGAAAAGGAUUGGAGAAGAUUGUUCACAAGAGCAAAGUAUUAGCAACCACAAAAUCCCUGCCAGUUUCAGAGAAGAGAAUAAGAUGGUACCAUGGAGAGGGGUGGAAGAUGGCUGAAACGGCCAAACUGUUAAAACUGGUGUCGGGCAGGACAGAAAAUGGAAGCGUCUAUCUGGAAGGCCCACAAAAGCUAGAAUUCAUGGUCACUCCCCUGAACGCAGCCUCUGUGCCUUAUAGCAAUGAAAAUGUCACAUUCUACUUGGGCUUUACUAUGAGAGGCCCUGUGGCAUUCAAUGUCACUAUUAAGAAUAGAUGAGCAUCAAAUGGGACCUACUGCUCUUGUACAAGGAACUGACAAGAGAGAAGCAAUGUGCAUGUUUUAUAUUGUGUCUUUCUACUGAAGUUAAUAAAUAACCAUUCAUAUUAUCUGCCCAAGGUUUCUUCCUUGGUAAGGGAGUUUUUCCUUGCCCCUGUUGCUCUUGGGUGCUCCUUGUUG